UCGGAUUAUGUGGAAGGCGCUGCUGGUAAUUGGCCUCUUUACAGCUGCAGGUCAGGCGAAGGACUGCGUUCCUCGCAGCUUCGGAACCGACAAAAUCGUAUGCGUUUGCAAUGCUACCUAUUGCGACGAAACACUCGACAAUGACCCGAAAGUGCCGCCAGAAGGGCAUUUUUAUUGGUAUGUCUCAACGAAAACCGGACUACGAUUGAGCAUGACGGAAGGGCAGUUCAGCGAGAAUACACGUCCCCCCUUCGCUACCACCGUGACUUUGACCGUAAAUAGCACGAAAAAGUAUCAAACGAUCUUCGGUUUCGGUGGUGCCUUUACGGAUUCUGCUGGCAUCCAGAUAAGCAAGCUCAGCAAGCCUACUCAGGAUCAACUAAUUCGAGCGUAUUUCCAUCCGAAAAGCGGAAGCGGAUACACGUUAGGUCGCGUACCAAUCGGGGGCACUGAUUUUUCAACAAGACCGUACACGUACGACGAUGAAGAAAACGACGUAUCGCUAGAACACUUUUCACUCGCGAAAGAUGAUUACGAUUAUAAGAUACCGUACAUACGUAAAGCUCUUGAAUUUAAUCCUGAAUUGAAAUUGGUCAGCGCCGCCUGGUCACCUCCGACAUGGAUGAAGACUAACGACAAAAUCAAUGGAUUUGGUUUCUUGAAAAAGGAAUACUAUCAACUUUAUGCGAAUUAUAUCUUGAAAUUCCUGGAUGAAUAUAAAAAGAACGGUAUUGAUAUAUGGGCGAUUUCAACUGGCAACGAGCCAAUAAAUGCCUACUUACCUUUCGAUCAUCUUAACACCCUGGGAUGGACGUCCGGAACUGUGGCAAAUUGGGUUGCAAAAUUCCUUGGUCCCAGUUUGGCCGCAUCGGAGCACAAUAAUACAAAGAUUCUAACUCUCGACGACCAAAGGAUUUUCUUACCGUGGUUCGUCAAACAUGUGUUGUCCAAUGAACAGGCGAAAAAAUACAUCGCGGGCACAGCUGUACAUUGGUAUACUGACUUCAUAUCCCCGGCAAAGGUAUUGGAUGAAACACACGAUGCGUUUCCAGACAAAUUCAUUCUCAUGACCGAGGCAUGUACAGGAACCCAACUGGACCCCCCACGAGUUGAUAAAGGAUCGUGGCCUAGAGGAGAAAAGUACUUUUUAAGCAUAAUAGAAUACACAAGGCAUUGGACGGUCGGAUGGAUCGAUUGGAACAUAGCUCUAGACAGCACUGGAGGACCAAAUUGGAUUAAAAAUUUCGUUGACUCGCCCAUUAUUGUGAACGCAGAAACUGAUGAAUUUUAUAAGCAACCCAUGUAUCACGCCUUGAAACAUUUCAGUAGAUUCAUUGACCGAGGCUCUAGCAGGAUUUUUAUCACCGAUGACAACAAUGUUAAAGCCAACGCUUUCAUAACACCGUCGAACGAAAUCGUUGUCGUUCUUUACAACAAGAGACGUAUAUCGACGAACGUGAAUAUUCAGGAUCCAAAGAAGGGUUCUCUUCGCGUGGAAUUACCUGCACAAUCUAUGAAUACUAUAAUUUAUAAAAAUUAAAACUGUUCAUUGCAAUGCACCAACAGUUCAAUGUGUACAAUUUUACUU